CCGAAGCUUCAACUUCACUUCACAACCGUCCGCUUCUUCUCCCCCCUCUCCUCUCCCCACCACCAACGUUUCAGGGUUCCAACCAGCACAAUGCCCACCGCUAUCCCCCCCAUCACCGGCAUGCUCCGCCGUGGUCUUGUCCUGGACCUGAGCACCGCUUUCGGUUUCGGUACCACCUUCGGCUACCUCUGGUGGUACGGCUUCCACCUUCCCCGUGUCCGUGAGCGCGACACCUACUACGCCCGCCUCGAGGCUGAGCGUGCCGCCCAGCGCGGUUAA